AUGGCGAGCGCGACUUUCUCCGAUCUACCAACUGAGCUGGUUGUCAAUGUUUUCGCUUUCAUUCGGCAAAAGAAAGAUCAAGGCGUUGUAUGUCUCGUCAGCCGCUCAUGGCGGGAGCUUAUGGCCCCUAUCUUGUGGGAAAAGCUUGAAUUCAGCUUGGGUGAUCACCAAGGCUCUUCCCCUGGCCGCUCUUUGACGACGUUAUUAGAUCAUAACUCUGGGAUCCUCCCACAUGUACGAAAUCUAUGCUUUGCGGACUUUACGGAUGAGGAUGCGGAAAAUCGUCUCGAGUCGUUGAUCUUGGCACUUCCACGCGAUAAACUCCGCAUUUUCCAGGCCUAUGGCGGCGACAUGCAGCAUGAGGUUUUCUUGCAAUUGUUGCGAUCGCAGACCAAGCUCGAGAAAAUCUAUGCAGUAACACCAUCUCUCUGCCUUGGCUCGACGCGUGCCACACAUAUUGUUUCCCAGGAAUCCCGCGCGAGGGUUGCAUCGCUGACGCCUGAACUGGAGGAGAUUACUCUCAUUCUAGAGUGCACGAGGGAAGACAAGGUCGACGAUGUCUACCGGGAUCUGCAGAGCUUUAUCGACCUCUACCCGAGUCUCGAAAGGCUGGAAUUGUCAGGCGAACAUGAAGAUCCGAUCUCAUUACAAGGACUGCUCUGGCUAUCGCCGGAAAGUCGCCUAUUCUCCAAUCUAACGUCUAUCAAAAUGGAGGCAAUGAGCUUGGUACCGGAUGCUUCAUAUCAGUUCUCCCACAACUUCGACGUUGCAAGGUUAGAGAAGUUGCAUCUCAAGGACUGCAGCUCGAUGUCGCUGUUCUUCGAGAGUCUCUCAGAAUCGUACAUUGAGACACCCGGUAAAUUAAGGGAGUUGUGCAUCGAUCUACCUGGUCCUGAUCCCUACCAUGACGAUGGUGAACACGAUGUACAGGUCAAGACCACAGAAUCCAUUGAAAACUUUCUCAAAGUCUGCCCUAGACUUGAGAAUCUUGACUUAAAUCUUCGCAAUGGCAAACUUGUCGACAAAAGUUGUCUUCUGCCUCACGCUGAAACGCUCCGUAACCUCGUCAUCAAGAAAGCCCGAAACGAAAGUACGGAUUCUCAGUCGCACUACUACUCGGAAGACGAAGUAGGGGUAAUUUUGAGGGCGUGCACAAAGCUCAGAGGACUGGCCAUCAAUCUGCCACCUAGCGAUCGCGGAUAUAUCACACAGGUCGGGGACGGAUUUCGAUUCAACGCAAAUGAGUAG